AAACAAUAAACGUUUACAACCUCAUAAACUGUGCACACAAGCUUUAUACAGAACAUGAGAAAUAAUUCCUUGCCUACCUAGUAGAGGGAAACUUCUUGUUCCUGUUUCUCUUGUACUUGGCGAUGACUGCUGUUGAGAGAAAACUGUGUAAUGGGACACUAAAUCCUAGCAGGUUUAAGUCCUAGCUCGCAUCUAAAAAUAGCAGUUCUAGUAGAAUCACAAAGAAUGAGGCCAUAUGUACCUGGGCAGCAUUCAUGCCUGUAGUAUCUGCUCUAUGAAAUUUAUUUAGACACAUUUUCAUCACACAACUCUGUAGUGCCUGAGAGUUAAUACUUGCUGGUUUCCUGGCCAGCCUUAUCACAGUGUGUAAUGUAGAGUGGGGAGGAUCCUUACAUUAGACUAGUGUAUCGUUUUCACGAGUUCUUUAAGGUUUGUUGAACAAGAAGGUGGUAAAAAAUGAAUUUAAAGCUUCCUAAAGUGCAAGCCUCAAAGUUUCUUAGUACAUCCCUCAAGAAUACUGGGUAGUUUUAAGGGAGGUUUCAGGCAGCUGCAGGUUAGCAUGGUUACUGCUGAUGUCACAGUCCCAAAAUGAUCUGUCAGUACCCUGGAUGGGUAAUACCACUGAUUCCGUGUAGUUGUUCCGUCAUUUGGAAAGCAUCCCUAGUUGGUGAGGCAGGUGAGUUGUUGCCCUAACCUUCCUUUGGUCCCACUCCAGCGCAGGUCCCUCCUUCCCUGUGAGCGAGAGCUUCCCUCUCCCUGCCCGGCCCUGCUGCUUGCCUGCCUGCAGCAGGGAGCCCUCAGCUGGGACUGGGCUUGUCUCCCAUCUCCUGUGGUGGGCAGGUAUUUCAUAACUAAUCCUCUUCCUUCUGAAGGAGGUGGAGUAGUUGUGUAUUAGGAGUGCAUUAUUGGGUAAAUUAAGACUUUAUUUUGAAUGGCAAUUCAAACAAAAACUGUUUCGACCUGGCUACUCAGCGCUGGUAUAGAAAUUAUUUCACUGAACUUGGUUCAAGAACUACACCUGCUGCUACUGGUGUCUCCAGCAGUAGGAGAGCACUUGCACUGGAAAGUGCUUUUUUUUCUAAUCUGUGGAGAGAAACUGCAGCUUAUGGCAUCCUGGGUCAAGUCAAGGAGAGCUUUAGUCUUCUGCAAGUACUGACAGGUUGUACACAUAGGAUUCAAAGAAGGAUGUGGUGGAAUACAAAUUGAAUUUCCUGUUUGGGGCAUUACCAGAGGAAGGAGGAGGAAAUGUAGUGGGCAAAUUGGACUGUAACAGCAGGUUGGUAGGACUUGGUCCCUAUCAUGUGGCUGGAUUCUGCUGAUGAGAAGGUAAUAAGCACUCUUGAGUUUGAGGUAAGCAGCCCAGAAAUAAUGAUCCCUUUUCUCUCAUCUUCUACUGUACCAGAGUGGUAAGGUACAAAGCCUGUUCUGGGAGGUCCAACAUCAAAUAGCAUAUGGCUACAAUUUUUGAGUCUUUGUGUCAAAACUCUGCUACUUCCUUUCACGUUCAUUUGGUCCCACCAAAACCAGUGUGUUUGCUUCUACCUGGUGGCUGCUCAGAGCAGCAGGUGUAGCCUGUUCCAAGGCCUGUGGGGUGCAAGUGUCUUUGCUACAGCAAACCCCUUCCACUCCUUUCCCCAGGCGUGCAGUAAACUGACGUGGGAGGAAGCUAUGGCAUCAGAGGAGCUUGCUGUCCGCUCCUUCGUGGACCAAACCACCUGGGAGCUCCUCAACCUGCUGGACAUGGUGGGGAGGCGAAACGGACGGGUGCUGGUGAUGGAGGUGGACAAUGGCAAUGUGAGAGCUCCCUCGGUGCUGUUGGAUUUUGCCCAGGACCUGUGUGGCACAGCUGACGUCAGGGCUAAACUACAGCAGGCGGAGAGGAUGGAAGAGGAGGAGGAGGUUCGGCCACAUCUGGUUUUUAUGCUGUGGCAAGCCACUGUGUUGAAGCAGCUCAUGCGGUGGGAGCACCUGGAUGAGGCCCUCUGGGAUGUGAGGAGCCUCCUCCCCUGCCUGCCAGAUGUGCUGGUGCUUGUGAUGAUCCAUCCAGGCCCCCAGGAGCAGCUGGACCAGGCCGUGGAAGCGCUGAGGAGGCUGCAGUGUCUGCUGGAUGGGGCCUGGCAACUGGUGGUAGAGGCAGCGGUCUACAACCCCGGCCAGCCUGGUGGUAUCCUCGAGGCAAAGAGAGCUGCGUGUAGAGCACUGAGAGAAGCCUUAAACUGCCAUGAAGUUGGCUGGUGGUGGCUUUUGCUUCUUGCCCCAAAACACACGUGGCUGUGGAAUUGCUGCUCAGUGUAAGAACUGCAGACCUGACUCCACUGCUGGGGCUUUCCGUGAUUAUGUUAACACCUCCACGGUCUCACUGAUGCUGCAUUCUUCACUGGAGGGAUGUACCAACUUUUUGGGGUGAGCUAUAGGCCAAAGCUUUGACCAGGAUGAUGCCUGCUGUUCUAUUAUGUGCGUUUCCUCCCCUGCAAGUCGACUCCCAGGGUCGAUUUAUUGUUUUGCUCCCAAAGUUCAGUUACUGCUGUGCCCUACCUGAACAUAUGCCACACAAGGUAUCAAAGAUGGCUGGAGAAUGAAUUUCCUCGGGCAGCAGAAUCUGGCAGGUUGGUUUUAGUGCUGUUCACCUGGAUGUCUCUUUGUAGAAAUACUCCCCUCCUGGUGCCUUGCUUGUCUGCCCAGUCCUUCUGCAUGGACAUGAUUCAGUAUGUGGCUGCUGCCAGAAGGGGACACUGUGCCCUCAGCAUCAUGCUGACCUUGCUACAAAGCUCAGAUUUCUUUGCUGCAUUGGCUGAACAAUCUACCCCAGGAAACUUCUAUCAAAAAUCACUGAGUUUCUGCUUUGCAUGAAAUGCCUUGCUCGAAUAUCAAAAUGUCCCUGAGAAACCUGCUGGGCUGUCCCCAAGAAACCAGCUGUUAACAGAGAGGGAGUCAGGGCAGGCCAGCAGCCUCUGGAUUUUAAACUAUCCCAAAACAGAUAGUGAAAGAAACUCCGAGGUAAGAGCUAAGACCACAUUUUCCCAGGAGAGCCUGGAUGCAGGGCUCUUUGGUAUGUAGCUCCCAUCAGCACAAAGCUCCUGAAAUUCCCCAGGGUUCUUUGUAGUCACAGGAUGGUGGGAGAGCAAAGUUUGCUGCCCCCUUCUUGCUUAUCGAACAAGAUGCUGCAAACAAGACAAAGGUCCACCUCCUGUUGCACUGCUAUUUGCCAUUAGUGUGUUGGCCUUUCCCAAGAUACUGUCCUUACACCAGAACAGUUGAAGGGUCUGGGAUGAGCUGUCUAAACUUGUUACACUGAUCCGUGGGAUCCUUCCCACCUACCCUGAUGGAAGGACCUGUGGAUGGUUUAUGUGCACAGCAUGCUCUGUGAGUCACUAUUUCACAGAUGGCCACUCCAGGCGUGCCUGGUAGCUCAGUGUGGUGUGUUUGGGCAUGUGACACUUUGCUGUCAUUCGUGCUGUGUUUUCAUGCUUGCUGCCUGAGCAGGCCUUCAGUAUGAUGGGUGAAAGAAGCUUGCUGUAUCUUGACCCAAACUCCACUGAGAUCUGUAGAUCAGGGUCGAAGUGCUGGCUUACGGAGGUCUCAGCACAGCUCUUGUGGGAGGACUGAGGGCGGUGUGGGCUGAACCCACAGCGUGUAUGGGGCUGAGAAUCAGCUGGAGCGAGGACGGUCCUCGUCUAGGCACAAAUGCAGACUGACACUGCUGAGCCCUUCUGUAACAGGAAAUCAAUCAGCAUCCUCUUCAAACUAGAGGCACUACAAGUAAAACAGUACAUUUGUGUUCGCUUCUCAUUCCUGGGUAAAAAAAAAAUAUUUGUGCAGAUGAAAACCCAACAUUUAGCCAACUGUCAAUUAAAGGAGCUGUUGCAGGCAGCUGACCUUACACCCAUAAAAGUGGGUACCAGUAGACAUCCAGCAGGUUGAAUUACUGGGAUGGGUUAUUUUGGAUGGGAGAAACCGUGGGAGCAGUAGAUUAUUUUUGUUUUGAAGGCCAAUGGCCCAUGUAAUAGCUGAACUCAUUUCCCAUCCUCUCUGGGCAUGGCAAGGCACUAUGGUUAGCUCCACAUUUUCGCAUUGGGAGUUUAAAUGUAUUUCUUCUCUGGUUUUUUUACAGAUCUUGUAUCCGCCUAAGAUCUUAUCAAUCUCCAAAAGAAGUAUUAAAAACCUGGUAUUUAUUUGA